UGCUCUUUUAUGAGAGGAGAAUAAUCGCAUGAGGCUGAGACGGUGUUGGAGCAAAGGCUUCUUCCCCGCCACCUCGCUUCCUCCCUCUAGAACCGAUUCUGUCACCUCUCCUCGGCAGAGGUUGUCCCAAAUAUUUCGCAGCCUGCCUUCCAAAUCUUACCCUCCGCAUCCACUCCAACGCGUCUAUCAGCCGCCUUCCCGUGUCACCGAGGAUUUCUGCUGCAGUCUUCUCGCUUCCUGCUCCAUUUCUAGAUCCUCGAGGCAUGGAUUAUGCCUCCACAGCUUCAUCAUCAAGCUUGGUUUCCGUGACCAGCUCCCGCUGAGCAACCACCUCCUCGGUUUCUAUUCCAAAUGUUGUGGACUCGACAGUGCACGCAAGUUGUUCGACGAAUUGACCAACAGAGACGUCGUGACUUGGACGAGCAUCAUCGCGGCCUGCACGCGAACCCAGAAGCACCAGGAGGCGCUGGAGUUGUUCAAAUGUAUGCUAGUUAGUGAUCCCUCUGUUGUUCCUAACGAGUUCACGUUCUCAAGCGCCGCCCGCUGCGCCGCCUCACUCAGGUCACUUGACCUCGGAGUGCAGAUCCAUGCGCAGGUUCAACUGCACGGCCUUGCGGCCGAUUCAGUGGUUGGAAGUGCUCUCUUGGACUGCUAUGCAAAAUGUGGGAGGCUGGAGGAAGCAUUGACGAUUUUCUCGUCCACAGAGUACAAGGAUGUCGUCUCCUUGACCGCCAUGAUCUCAGCUCUCGUCGAAGCUGAGGAUUGGACCAAGGCAAUCCAGUUGUACUCGCUCAUGAUCGAGAGUGGCAUUACGCCAACAGCAUUUACCAUCGCCAAGCUUCUCACGUCCUGCGGGCGCUUCUUUGGCCUCCGCGGCGGAAGGAUGCUCCAUGCUCACGUGAUCCGUUUGGGGGUCGAGCUCAAUCUGGUGCUGAAGACGGCGCUGGUUGACAUGUAUUGGAAAUGUCAGUGGCCGCGCUAUGCCAUAAAAGUGUUCCGGCAGACACCGGACUCUGAUGUCAUGCUCUGGACGGCGAUGAUCACCGGAUACUCCCAAGCAGGAUACUACCAAGAGGCCAUCGCGAUGUUCCAAGAGAUGAAGAAGGGAGGGGCGGAGCCGAAUGCCUUCACCUAUGCCGCAGUCAUCAGCACCUGUUCCUCUGUCCCUUCGCCAGAAUUAGGGAAGCAGAUACACUGCCAGGCGGUGAAGGCUGGAUUGGUACCCGAUGUAUCGGUCGGCAAUUCACUGGUUGACUUGUACGCCAAACACUCCACGGAUCGGGAUGCACCUAUGCGUGCCUUCAGAGCAAUCGCCACUCCUAACGUCGUCUCUUGGACUGCUCUCAUAGCGGGGCUUGCUCGACUCGGAGCUGAACACCUGGCGUGCGCAGCUUUAUUGGAGAUGCAACUCGCGGGAAUCGAACCCAAUUCUUACACUUUGUCUACUAUGCUCCGCAGUUUCAAUUCUCCAGAAGCUCUGUCUCACGCACGGAAGCUUCACGCUUACAUCAUCAAGACCAUGGUGAACUCAUCGGACUUGGUCACCGGGAAUGCUCUAGUCGACUUCUACGCGAGAUGUGGGAGGGUGAACGAGGCAUGGACCGUAGCGCACAGGAUGAUGCCUCGCAGAGACGUGCUAACGUAUACCAGCUUGGCAAAAGGGAUCAACCAGACGGGCCACUACCGGAGGGCGCUCGACCUGAUCGCGCCCAUGCACGAGCAGGACGUGAAGAUCGAUGGUUUCAUCCUUGCUUGCUUCCUAUCAUCUGUUGCAGGGUUGUCAGCGAGGCAAUUCGGCGAGCAGCUUCACGGCUUCUCACUUAAGUCCGGACUGCUGAGCGUAGUUUCGGUCUCCAAUGGCCUUAUCGACGUGUAUGGUAAAUGCGGGGGCGUAGACGAAGCGCGCAGGGUCUUCACAACGAUGAAGGAGCCAAAUGUAGUAUCGUGGAACGGAUUAAUUUCCGGCCUAACGUCGAACGGCCAGUUCGCCGCAGCUCUGUCAGCGUUUGAGGACAUGCGGCUGGUGAGUGCGCGUCCUGACGAGGUCACCUUCUUGCUGGUCUUGCAAGCAUGCAGCCACAGUGGGCUGGUCGACUCAGGCGUCGACUUUUUCAACUCCAUGCACGAGCACGACGUAGUGCCGCGGCGAGAGCACUACGUUUGCUUGGUGGACAUGCUGGGGCGAGCGGGGAGGCUUGAGGCUGCGGCAUGUACCAUAGAAACGAUGCCAUUGAAACCGGAUGUCUCAAUCUACAAGACUUUGUUGGCUUCCUGCAGGCGUCAUCGGAACCUGGUUCUUGGAGAGUGCACGGCGAGGAAGGCGAUGGAGAUCGAUCAGUCAGAUCCGACUAUCUACGCGCUGCUCGCGGGAUUGUAUGACGACGCAGGGAAAGUGGAAUGGGGUGAGCAGACUCGGAGGAUGAUGAGGGAGAUCAUACCAAAGAGGGAGGCUCGAAUCUGAUCGAACUGGUAGCCCACAAUUGAUGCUGCAUAUGAGCGCACCAUGCAGGAACAGCUAGGAAGUUUUGUUUUAAUGAGUCAAUCGACAUGUAUUAUGUCGAAAAAUCAAAAUCUCUCUUGUUUUUCCCCUCUGCAAUAGUUAGAUCACAAAAAUUGUCAGCCUACCUGCAUCUGCAGAGUAGUGAAUCCACCAUAUGUAUUAUCUUGGGAUCUUUUCAGAAUUUUGUGUUGGUCCAGACGGAUUGGCAGGACACUAA